AAAAUGUAAAUUGAAAAUAGAAAUAUAGUAAAUUAUUGAAUAUUGUUGAAUGCCGAGAAUAUUAUGCAUAGAAUAAUGUAAAUAAUUAUAUAUUGUUAAAUUAUAACUCAUUUUAUAUUCAUAAUACAUAUCAUAAAAACGUAAUAUUCUUUGAAAUGGAUAGUGGCAUUUUGGUAGAAGGUUUGCCAUUAAUUGGUAAUUGUUGCUUAUGUUUAAAAGAAAGCCUAGUAAAAAGCAUGUUAAUAAAGGAAGAUAUAGGAAAUGAAACGGAGAAUUAUUCCAGUGUCUUACACAAAUGUUUCUCCAUUGAUAUACAAACUCUGGAUUUGGAUGAUACGAAGUGCUUUAUUUGCAAGAUGUGUAUGCAACAGUUAAUGUCUUGUUAUGAGUUUAGGAAACAGGUGGAGCUUUCUCUCAAAUCCCUGGAAGCAAGUUGGAGGCUUCAAAAGGCAGAAGAAGAAGAGAAGCUCUCUAUUGUGAGGGUGAAAAAGGAAAACCUUGAAGACAAUUUGGACAAUCAGUUGAGCAGUGAUGGUAGUGGACUUAUGAAGGAAUUGAAGCAAGAAUCGGUUGACAGUGAUUUCAACGGGGACAAUAUAGGCGAUGACCUUCUACAUGAUCUAUAUAAUGAUGAAUCUGAAGAUGAAUACCAACCGAAGACCAGACGCAAGAAACCUUCAGCAAAGAAAAAACUGUAUUCAGAUCCAAAGAUAUCAGAUGUCGAAGAAGUCAAACAAUUGCUCAGCGCUGGACUGUUUCCGUUCAAAAUUAACAAAGAUGGAAUCUAUUUAUGCUCAGUGUGCUGUGAAAAGUAUGAAAACCUAGACAAUUUGAAAUCACAUGUCUCUGGCCAUGAUGUGAGUACUGUCGUGCCUGCAUUUAGAAAAAUGGAACAAUCAAAUGCUCACAAAUUCAAACGGAAUUCAACAAUGCUGACUUGUAAAACUUGCCUGGAAAAUAUUAGUAAUUAUGAAGAACUACAGAGGCAUAUAAAAAUGUGUGUGUCCUGGAAAGUUGAGAGGAAAUGGAAUAAGCUUCCGUUCAAAUUAGAAAAGGACCAGUUAGAUUGCCCGAUAUGCAAAAAGCAGUUUCUGAACUUUGUUACGUUGAAUACUCAUAUGAAUGUACAUUAUCCCAAUUAUACAUGUGAGAGCUGCGGCAAAGCUUUUGCAUCUGGCUCGAGAUUAAGAGGGCAUCUUCGGACACAUGAAGUUGGAAACUUUCCAUGUAGGUUCUGCGAUGCAGUAUUUGAUAAGAUUACUAAAAGAGAAAAUCACGUGUCGAAGGAACAUAAAUCUGGUGUGCGAUAUUCAUGUAAGCGAUGUGGGAUUUCUUUGACCUCGUUUUAUGCAAGACAGAAGCAUUUAGCUGAAGUGCAUAAUGAAGAAUUGAAGCGAUAUAAGUGUAAAGCAUGUACCCAGAGUUAUAUUACUCCCGGGCAUUUGUCGAGCCAUGUCCGAAGAGAUCAUUUGAACGAACGGAAUCAUCAGUGCAGCAAAUGUGAUCUGGCCUUUUAUACGAGGAAUUCUUUGAAGAUGCAUAUGAUAAAACAUGAUGGGGAGAGAAUUUUCUCGUGUGUGAUUUGCAAUAAGUCGUACCAGCGUAAGAAGACUUUGAGGGAGCACAUGCGGAUUCAUGACAAUGAUAAGAGGUUUGUGUGUCCCGUGUGUGGGAGGGCUUUCACUCAGAAGUGCACGUUAAAGGGUCAUUUAAAGGUGCAUGAACGGAGUUUGAUAUAGUCUUUAAUGCUUAAGUUUUUGGACAAUCGCUACUAAGAUAUGUACUUUCGUUAUGUGCCUAUAUUGCUAAGUAAAAUCUAUAUGUGUAUUAAAAAUAAAAAGAUAGAUCCAUUUCUGCUAAUGGUAGAACUUUAGCAGUACCAAUACUAGAGGUCAGAAGAGGCGUUGCCAGCCUUUAGACCCGGUUUCCACCAAAGCGGAGAGGAGAGGAGAUUAGCCGGGAAGCGAUCAAGUUAUUUCCACCAAAGCGGUGAGGAGAUGUGUAGCGGAGAGGAGCUGCGAGUGCUCAAAAUCAGUCAACUGAUAUCUACGAAAGGAAACAACAAAAAGUUAUAUUUUAAUUUGCUUGAGGAAGAGGAAUCAGAGGUUGAAGAAGCACAAUUCUAUAAGAACAUUUUUAGAGCCUCCUCCUUUUUUUGUGUUAAAAUACUUCGCUAAACUACUAAAGUCGGUUGAUAAAUACGAAAGGAACGCCUUGCACUCUUUUUUUUUGUUAAUUCAUAAAUUUCAUAAGUACAGUCUGCCAAACUACGUAAGUAGGCAGCAGCUCUCGUGGAAAGAUAAUACUACUUACAAUUAAACUAAAUCUACAGUAUUAACCUACUAUUAAACAUUAUGUACAGCAAGACAAGACAGCAAGUAAUUUAAGAUCAGUCAGUCGAAUAAAUGACGCUUUUCGGUGUGCGAGACGCGGGGAGAAGGUGCGGGGAAAGGGGUGCGUGAGCGGCUACAGACAUCUCACAUCUCCGCUCUGCGGCGCAACUUGCUCGCUCGAGGUAUAAAAUCAAAGAAAAAUGAGACAUCUUUUCGCCUCUCCGCUUGAUCCAUUUCCACCGAAGCUAAGCGGAGAGGAGAUGUGGAAAUAACGAAAUCUGAUUGGUUAUCACAACGCAUCCCCCCUCCUCCUCUCUCCACUUUGGUGGAUACUGGGCCUUAAGUUGUGAGUAGGUCCCUAAGUCGUAUCGGUUCGGGAAAACAGCAGUCGAUAAUUGUUUCCACAAAGUGGCUGUGCGAGGCAAGAAAUUCCUCAUCACAAUUGUAGAAUACCCGACGUCGACAUCUUGGAAAUCGGGACUUGGUGUUAACCUGAACAACUUAACAAUAUUGUUAUUGAUAAUUAGUUAAUACCAUAAGUAAAUUUAUUGAAGUAUGCGUUACUUUGCGGAAAUCCAUAAUUAUCAAAAUGAUUUGAGAGAUCUGGCACGAGACUAAGUUAAGUUAAGCUAGAUUUUGGCGAGACAACACGUCCUGAGGAUGCCUCGUGUAGAGGCGAAACACAUGUCGAAUUGUUUGAAGACAUAUAUUGGCGGUAUUAACACUAAAGAAAAACUCAUAUCAUUUUGAUAAUACCAUAAGUCCUAACAAUUGUUUUCGCUCAAUUACUAAUUUCAAUCUGUAUUUUAGCGUCGCUUAUUGCACGUUCACUUUUGCAAGGGGCGGGUCGUAUUUUGUAAAUUCAAUUAUUUUUAUUCAAAAUAGACUUUUGCAUUCGAUAAUUUAUGCCUGAUACCGGAGAAGAACGGGUGCAAGAAAGUCAAACCGUCUUUUCUUUUAAAUAAAACUACAUCACAGUAUAAUAUUAUUAAAUAGCCUGAGCAUAUCUCGCUGUGUGGUAUUAAAUAUGUUUUGCCGGCAUCACAUCUCUCUUCCACAUUUAAUAAAAUACCCACUAACAUGUUGUAACCGUCCAAUUUUUCUUGGGUCAUUUUUUUCUUCAUGAGAUCUAAAUUUUUUUGGGCUUUGCUGUCCCCACCUGUAUCCACUUCACAAUUUGCUCCAGGGGUCCACACUAGACAGGAUAUUAAUAAGCAGUGGUGCAAAUGCUGCUUCAAAUUUACCAGUGGGAGGCUCCUUUUCAAUGGAUGCCGGCUAUGGGUACCACAAUGGCGCCUCUUUCUGUCGUAAAGCAGUAAUGUGUAAGCAUUACUGUGUUUGGGUCUGUAGGGGGCAGUAGCUAGUGAAAUUACUGGACAAAUGAAACAACAUCUUAUAUCUCAAGGUGCUGAGCACAAUUGUAGUGCCGUAUAUGAGCAGGGCGUAUCAAUUACCAUCAGCUGAAAGUCCUGCUCGUCUCGGCCCUUAAGGUAAUAAAAAAAAUAUACGGGUGUUGUGUUAACGUUGCGGUAUCAACCAUCACCAACUCCUGAAAGACUCAAACAAGUUUUCAAUUGGAUCUUGAUUAAGAUGCCACAAUAAUGUCCAAUCAUAAUUCUAUACCUUCUAAUGUCUAUAUCAAAUUAUUUACUGUGGAAAAAUAAUAGUUCAUAAUUUCUGGGAGUUUUUGGACUCCAUCCAUGUUUUAUGAUGUAUCGAAGAUGGUGUUACACUAUAGAUAUACAUAUUUUUUUUCCCAUGAAUUCAACUGAAAGAGUUGAUCAAAGAACAAUAUUAUAAUGUCAGCAGUAUUUUUAACUUGCUCGGGAAUGUGUUUAUCUGCAAAUGAUAAAUAAAGUUGUAUUGUAUUUGGUGGUAUUGUGUAUUUAAAUAAGUUAAAAAAUAAAAGUAGAGAUAUGUUUGGAAUGUCAGUGUUCGCCCCAGAGUUAGUCAGAGGGUGAACAUUUACGGUGUUAUUACAAAAAAGUUACACGUGUUGAAUACUUGUUUUAAAAAAGUUCUAUUACAAAUCCGUGUCUUUCUGUUGUUAAAUCAAUCUUUAGAAGUAUUUUAAAAAGUAAGACGUGAUUUUGAAUAAAAAUACAUAUUUGAAUAGUAGCGAAAUUUACCUUUGUAUUCUAAUGUUAUUGUACCUGUUUCUCAUUAAAACACGGAUAAAACUAUUUUUUUAAUUGAAGCUUGCUGGAUCGAUAUAUCGCCCCCGAAAUCCCCUGUAUACUAAAUUUUACGAAAAUCGUUGGAGCCGUUCCUGAGAUUCAGAUUAUAUAUAUAUAUAUACAAGAAUUGCUCGUUUAAAAAUAUAAGAUUUUUUGUAAUAUCACCGUUAGUCAUUAACCUGGCACAAAUGUUAACACCAAACUGAUACUGAGGAAUAUGUAAUGGAAAAACCCAAUAAUACUUCCACUUGAUUAGAUACAAAAUUAUAUAAUUUAUACGUGUAGAUAACUGAGCCUCUUGCUGCUAGACAACUGAUGAAAACAGGCCAGGUUUGUUACUUUGGUGUGCGUGACAAGCUACGUCUCACACUUGCGAUUUGUAUGUCAUUUUGCGUUAGUGUUUUCUCAAAAUAAAUGUCAAGCUCAAUGUUUUUUGACGUUUUCACAGCUGUUACAGUCUAUGUAGACAAAUAAAUGAUCUGAGGAUGCAAGCUGUAUAAGUAAUUAAGUUAAGUUUAACAAACAAACAAAUUAAAUCAUUCAUGAAAAUGAAAAACAGGGCACAGUUAGUAGAUUUUUGAGAUUUAUCUCGAAUGGUUUCUGUGGCUAAGUGACUAUAUAGUUUAUUAUUUAAGUAAAUAAAAUAUUUAAUAUUAAUGCCACCGUUGAACAAUUGGUGAUAACUUUAGUGUUUAUCACAUAUUUCAGUUUGAAAAUAAAAUUAUUUCUAAAUUUCAUUGCAUGAGGUGAUUUAUUAAAAUUAAAUUGUUUCUGGGUUCUUCUGCCCUUCUUAUAAGUGUACCUCGUGUCUCUAAUUGUAAAAGAUAUUGCACAGUUGCUACACCAGCAUCUUGUAGCUCUGUAAUUACUGCUUUUAAUUGUCUUGCAAGCUCAGGACCCUUUGUUGCAGCUUUAGGAACUAGUAAUUUAACUAAAUGACCCCCCUUUUAUUAUUCUACCUUACCUUGUCUGAAAUCAGAUAUAUUCUACUUCUUUUAGAAAAAGUUGGCAACUCUAGCUUGUAUGCAAUUAUAGGUUCCUACGUUAUACUUAUUUUAGUCUAAGUUUUAGUGUAAGUUUGUCAUAUGGAUAUGUUUAUAUAAAGCAAUAUUAUGUUAUAUGUAUAGUUGAAAUUGUUCAAAUAUGUUUAUUAUUGAUAUUGUGCAAUAUUUUUAAAAUUCCAAUUUUAUAUACUGAAUUAAAUAUAUAUUACAAAACUAUA